CCCCAUCCGCCACCUGGCUGCGUCUCGUUUUAACCUUUUCGCAUUUCUUCUCUUCUUCCUUUUUUUCUACCAAUUCACUUUUUCGCUAUUUCCUACUGCCUUUACUUCUACAGAAGAAAACAAGGACAAAUCUUGCAAUCAUGUGUGGCAUCUUCGCCUGCCAUCGUCACCCCGACGUUCAAAAAUUCAAGCCUACGGCUCUCAAGCUUGCUAAGCAGAUCCGUCACCGAGGUCCCGACUGGAGCGGAAGCAUUAUUUCCAACAACACUAUUCUCUGCCAUGAACGUCUCAGUAUCGUCGGUGUCGACUCUGGUGCCCAGCCAUUGACCAACGAAGAUGAUUCAAUUGUUCUCGCUGUCAAUGGCGAGAUUUACAACCACCGUCUUCUGCGCAAAAACUUUGCCAAGCCUUACCCUUUCAAGACACAUUCUGAUUGCGAAGUCAUUAUCCCCUUGUAUCUUGAACAUGGCACUGAUGCACCCACCCACCUGGACGGCAUGUUCUCUUUCGUUCUUUACGACAAGAAGGAGGACAGAGUCAUUGCAGCCCGCGACCCCAUCGGAAUCACGACCUUUUACCAAGGCUGGUCUUGGAAGGAACCCGAUGCCGUAUACUUUGCCUCUGAGCUCAAGUGCCUCCAUCAGGUUUGCGACAAGAUUGUUGCCUUUCCUCCUGGUCACGUCUACGACUCUAAGACUGGCGAGACCAACCGCUACUUCAAGCCUACUUGGUGGGAUCCCACCAACGUUCCCUCGACUCCUGUCGACUACAUGGCCAUCCGCCACUCGCUUGAGAAGUCAGUACGCAAGCGUCUGAUGGCUGAAGUCCCAUACGGAGUACUUCUAUCUGGCGGCCUUGACUCGUCAUUGGUUGCUUCCAUCGCUCAGCGCGAGACUUUACGCCUCAAGCAAAAGGCGGUUGAGGCCAACGCUGCUGCUCGUGAAGCCGAGUCUGGUGAGGGUCUUGUCGGUAUCGACGAUGAGAACAACCUUGACACGGUUACCUAUCUUCCUCAGCUCAACUCGUUCUCGAUUGGUCUCCCUGGAUCUCCCGACAACGAAGCCGCCCUCAAGGUCGCCAAGUUCCUCGGCACUAAGCACCACGUCAUGACCUUUACGAUUGAGGACGGUCUCAACGCUCUCUCCGAUGUGAUUUACCACCUGGAGACAUACGAUGUUACCACCAUCCGCGCGUCUACCCCGAUGUACUUGCUGUCACGUAAGAUCAAGGCCAUGGGUGUUAAGAUGGUACUCAGUGGUGAAGGUAGCGACGAGAUCUUUGGUGGCUACCUCUACUUCCAUGCUGCUCCCGACCGCAAGGCCUUCCACGAAGAGACCGUCCGCCGCGUUAAGAACCUGCACCUUGCCGAUUGCUUGCGAGCUAACAAGUCGACUUCCGCCUGGGGCCUCGAGGCUCGUGUCCCGUUCUUGGACAAGGAAUUCCUCGAGGUUUCCAUGAACACCGACCCCAAGGACAAGAUGAUCACUGAGGGCCGCAUGGAGAAGUACAUUCUGCGCAAGGCCUUUGACACGACUGGCGAGGCGGAUAACACCCCCUACUUGCCCGAAGAUAUCCUCUGGAGACAGAAGGAGCAAUUUUCUGAUGGUGUCGGCUACGGAUGGAUUGAUGCACUCAGAGACAACGCUGAGCUACAUGUCACGGACGAGAUGAUGAAGAACCCCAAGGCCGAAUGGGGAGCAGAUAUCCCCGAUACAAAGGAGGCCUACUGGUACCGUCUCAUGUUUGACGAGCACUUUCCUCCCCGUUGCGCUUCCACCGUCAUGCGCUGGACCCCUACCUGGUCUAAGCAGAGUGACCCAAGUGGCCGCGCCAUUUCCACGCAUAACAAAAAGUACGACAACGCCGUCUAAGAGGCGUUUUUGAGUUUUAUGCAGAAGGCUGCUUGGAAGAAUUCUGUUGGGGCGAAGCCAGCUCUGGCAAGCCUCUUUUUGUUUGUAUAGAUGCCAGACUAGUGAAAUAUAAAAUGGGAUAUGU